AUAGAAACCUAAAGCUAUAACGAGAAGGACAUAACUUUAUCAAUCUCUAGAGCCCAUUCCUGCUGUGUCGGAUUGAUAUCGUAUUGGAUACAAGAUGAGUGAUCCGGUAUUGGGUGCGAUUGGUGUAGUUCUAGGUGUUAUCUCGCUCACGUUCUGUAUCAUCCAGACAAUAGUUAUGGCCAAACUAUACAAAAGACUCUCCCAGAGCAUACAGCAGAAUACAAGGCCUGUCGAUGAGAUUUUCUCAAAAGGAAAAGGGAAUGGUGAAGAUGACCUUGAUGAAGUUCAAGAAAUAGCUGCAGUCUUUUCAGAUGAAUAUGAUGAUGUCGUAAAUCCUGGUCCGUGUAUACGGCCUGUGCCGCCACACAAACCAUUAUCAUAUCAAACAUCAAACACGAAUUCCUUAGAGAGUUAUACCAACGAUUCCGCUACAGCUGAUCACGUGUUAAUCUCCCCUUCAGUAGCCGAUCUCAAGAACAGUCUGGCAUUACCCCUCAAAAAGGUAUUUGAAAAAAGUUGCACGUUGGAUAUUCGCAACAUGAACAAAAUUCCAGAACAUCAGAAUCAGACCGUGAAGUCCAUUCGACCGCGAGCACAAACGAGUAACUCGUUGUGUAGGAGGGAAAAGGGCGUCAAGAAAGGCAAGAACACCAACUGGAAAGUCAGAACCAGAGUCUACUCUGACUACCCCUGGUUCAAAUGGAUCACCUUGUAAGAACCAUGUGGCGUAUGUCGUGACUGAGAUUGUAGAUGCCAAUGACACCAAGAAGCGGCCCAGUGUUCGGCUUCGAGAGAGUCGACCAAAGAAGAAUCUGUCAAAGACUAUUCAGAAGCAGCUUGAUGAACCAGAACCCUUUUAUUUCGGUCUAGAGCAUUCACCAGUGUGUGAAGAGGAGAGUUUCCAGGACAGGGAGCCUGUUGCUCCGAGUCGUGAGAAGAAACGUGACGCCAACAAGGGAUGGAGACAGGUAUUGCCGAUUGUGACAGAUAAGAAUAAAGUGUUUUCGUCUUGUGACGAAAACGAAAAUACUUGCGCGGUGUCGCCUGAUAAGGAUGGCCCAUCUUUCGGGAAUACAAGUGAGAAGGAUAACAAGUACAAACACAAAGUAGCCAUGAAGCCACCACCCACAAGAAAGGGCAGACCAGUUCUUGAAAAGUCAUGUAGCGUUGGUAUGCAAAGUGGUGGGAUAUGGUCUCCUAAAACUCUAGAGCGACACCGCAUGUUACUUGAUGGACCCAGUAACACGUCUCAAGAAGAUCUCGGCAGACUCAGAGCAGGUUCGCUGCGGCAACAAUUGCCAUCGCCCUACGAGUUCGUCGAAUGUCCGCCCGCGCUAUCUACUACUAGCUCGCUGGCAUGUGCCGAAGGUGUGGGAUGUUACUCUAAGAUGGUUAGACCACACGACGGUCGGAGGCGUGCUUCAUCCACCGGUUCGUCUGACUUUGCAGGAAGGCAAAGUGAUAAAUCAUACAAUAAACUUAUGAUAGGUGUAUAGGAUCACCAAUGCCUUGGAGUGUCGUACUUAAAAUUUGUCACAAACAGCAGUCUAAUACAAAUAUUAUAAUGGUAUCAGAAUGAGUUUAUUAUUUUAAUGAAUUACCGACACUACCAGGAGAGUAAACGUAAACUUGACUUUUUCCUACAUGUAUUUUCAUUCUUAUGUUGAUACCUUUCAUAGAAAUUGGGAGGGAUGAUGGAACAACUGAAUCAGGAUUACAAUUUUCGAAAAUGAAAGACAUGUCACUUGCCUAAAUACGUUAUUUGUUAUAUCGAAAACCUAACCUUUUUAAAAGGAAUGUUCACCUCUCAAGAGAAUUUUGAAUUAUCGGUGGUGAUAUCAUGUGAUAGUAAAGGCAUAUUGUGCCACCAACAUGUAUGCACACUUUCAUAUUCUCCAUUCUUUGUGGUAUAUACAGGUGCCAUUUUGGGGGCAACUUUGAUUAUGCUAUCAUUUACUUUUAGUCCCCCAAACGUUCCGUUAAUGUUAUUUUAAUCAAUCGAAAUGCACAUACAACCCCUUUAAUUCACAGUGACAUGAUUUUAACUGAUUAAAUUAGAUUAUCUAAAUAAUGAGCAUGUUACAUUUGGCUUGGGUUAAAAAAUAUAGCUGUGGAAUAAUAAUACCAUUACAGUUGGGUACGCUAUACACUCUAAGAAAAAAGGUGCAAAA